AUGAUAAAAGUUCAAUCUGCAGGCGGUUCUACCGGAAUCAUCCCUACCGUCGCUCAUCCUGAGGAGGCCUUGGAUGGUAUCCUACCGGCACCUCUUGUGGCCGGUUCUGAUGGAAACAUUCCUCUGGUUGGAGACCAAGAUGGUCUUUCUGCUGCUGUUGCUGAAGAAGUACCGGCUCCACCUGAACCGGAUUUUCAGGUUCUAUUUCCAGGCGGUUCUACCGGAAUAGUCCCUGCCGUGUCUCAUCCUGAAGAGGCUCUUCCGGCACCUCCGGCCGCCGGUUCUGAUGGAAACAUUCCCCUGCUUGGAGACCAAGAUGGUCUUUCUGCUGUUGUUGCUGAAGAAGUACUGGCUCCAUCUGAACAGUAUUGUCAGGCUACAGCUCCUGCUCUGGACAUGAAAAGUUGGGCUCUGGACUUUCUAUCGAGGCAACCACAAAUGGAGGUCAGGGACAUGAAGGACAUUGACUUCCUCGGGGUUCUUCGGUUUGCGGAUGGUGGCGCCUGUAAUCCGAUCUGCAUGGUCAAGGACGGCCAGUCAAACCCUGAAUACACGAAACUCGUGAACGCAAUGCGAAGUCACAACAUACAAGUUUCGCCUUCACCUCCAAGCUCUCCCCCACAGGUAAUUUAA